AUUUCCGAACUGAACAAAAAAGAAUAUUACAAAACAAAAAGAAAUUUACAAUUUGCUGUUUCAUUGCCUGGUGCACCUAUAUUAUUAUCUAUUGUUAAGUCGUUGGCAAUAGCUUGCAACCAUGAAGAAUUAAUAGACUAUCUGAUGACAAUUACUAAAAAAUAUGGAACUUUAAGUCGUCUUGUCUUAGGAACAGAUGUCUUCGUAGUACUUACAAAACCCGAGGAUUAUAAGCUCGUGCUCACAAACGUAAACGGCAACAAUAAAACUUCAGUCACCAAGCAAUGGUAUCCACUUCUUGGAAACGGAAUUAUCAGAGCUUCAGGUACAACUCACAGGCUUCGACGAAAAAUAAUACAGCCUUUUUUAAAUAUCAAAUAUUUAACCGACUAUGUAACAUUCUUUGAUAAUUAUAGCCACAACUGUGCUGAUCUUUUAGAAAAAGAAAUCGGUGGUCAUAUAUUUGACAUUAAGCCGUACAUGGCACAAUAUGCAGCUGAUAUAUUCUUAGCAUCAAUUGCGGGUAUUCAAGGAACAGCCCAUAAAGGUGAAUACAAUGAAAUAUUGUACUGGCAGGACAGAUUGAUAAAAUGUGUAUGGAAGACAAUAAUAAAACCGUGGCAACAAAUAGAAUGGAUUUUCUGCCUGAGCGAUAACAAAAAAAAAAUGUGUACUGCUCAAAAGACUGUACAAGAUUUUAUUUAUAAUAUAGCAAUGCAGAAGAAGACAAUGGAAUGUAAUGGUCUAAAUUAUGAUAGUGAGUAUUUUGAAAAAUCCGUUAUUGGCAAUUAUUCAAGCCAUAUGAAGCAACUAUUCGAUGAUGAAACAAAUAAAUCCUGCGCUGUAAGCGAUGAAGACUUUAUAGACGAUGUUCGCAGUUUGUAUAUUGCUAUACAAAAUACAAUUAUGGAAAUGACAUCGAUGACUUUGCUUAUGCUGGGAAUGCAUGUAGAAAUACAAGAAAAACUGCGAAAGGAAAUAUUAACAAUAUUUGGAAAUGACAAUUUAGAUGUCAAACGUCUCAUGACUAUACGAUAUCUUCAUAUGGUGAUUCAAGAGACAUUAAGAUUAUUUCCUGCGUCACCUAUCAUUUCGCGACAACUUACGGGAGACAUCCAGCUUGAAUCGUGCGUUUUGCCGGAUGGAUGUCUCGUUAUGAUACCAAUAUUUGCUAUUCAUCGUAAUCCCAUGUAUUGGGAUAAGCCAGAAGAAUUUAUUCCCGAACGAUUCUCGUCCGAAAACUCGUCAACUCGUCAUCGUUACACGUACAUUCCAUUCGGCACAGGUCCUAGAGAUUGCCUAGGUCAACGAUAUACUUUUCUGUCCGUGGGAGCAGCAAUAGUAAAUUUAUUGCGGCGGUUUCGCUUUGUAGCAACUGGCAGUGUAAAAGAUGUCAAAUUAACAAAUGAUAUUUUACUACGAUCUCGAGACGGUAUCAAAUUAUCUGUAUUUCGCUUAGAAGAUCAUUGAUAAACGAUCAUUGAUGACAACUGAUAACAUGAUUACUAUUAAUGAUGGAUUAUUACUGAUGGAUAUUUCUUUUAGUGGCUUAGUAGCUCAAUUUUCAGUUUUAAACGGUAUUAUUAUACAUUGAUGUAUUACAAUCACUGUACAAUAAUAAAAGA